AUACAUCCGUCCGACAGGCCGGCGUCGCUCGGUUGAGGUUUCCGGGGCAAUUCUCCACAGCAAUAACGGCCUGCUCCUCCAAUAAUUACGCGUAGAAAGCUUGAAUUCGACUAAAGUCACCCGGGCUGAGUGUUCACUGCGUCGCUACCUUCAAUCUCCAAUCCACUGCACGACUCUUUUUUCCCCUCAUCUUCGCGGAGCUUGAAAAAGUCAAAAUGGCAGACCAGCUGACCGAGGAGCAGAUUGCCGAGUUCAAGGAGGCUUUCUCGCUGUUCGACAAGGACGGCGAUGGUACCAUCACGACCAAGGAGCUCGGCACCGUCAUGCGCUCUCUAGGCCAGAACCCCACUGAGGCGGAGCUGCAGGACAUGAUCAAUGAGGUCGAUGCUGACGGUAACGGGACAAUCGAUUUCCCCGAGUUCCUGACAAUGAUGGCGAGGAAGAUGAAGGACACAGACAGCGAGGAGGAGAUCAGAGAAGCAUUCAGAGUCUUUGACAAGGACGGUAACGGCUACAUUAGCGCGGCAGAGCUACGGCACGUCAUGACAAAUCUAGGAGAGAAACUCACCGACGAAGAGGUGGACGAAAUGAUUCGCGAGGCUGACAUUGACGGCGAUGGUCAGGUUAACUAUGAGGAAUUCGUCCAGAUGAUGACCGCCAAGUGAAGACAAUGCAGAAUGUUCUCUUUAACGUUGCUUGUCCUCUUAAGAUCACUGUCUUUAAGAACAAAAAGGAACACCCCCCUCUUGACUCCCCCAAACAAAACAAAAUUAAUACUUGUAGAAUUCGGCCAAUUGUGCUUAAAACAUUUGAAUACUUCUGUGGUAUUUGCUAAGCAUAUACCUACAGAUUAAUCCCUGAAGAAGUUAAUGGACCAAGCUUUAAGAAGGCCAAAGAGCUUUUACUUCCGACCAAGAUUCUGCCGAGUCACCCGGCUCAUGAAUAAUUUAGAGGAAAGGGCAGCACUGCCACGUCAAGGGGGGGAGGGGAUGGGAACCGAUGCCACCGAUCAUUUUGGAGAAGUUGGCUAUUUAAAUCUUUCUGCUUCCGCAAAGAAUCUUGCCUCUCUACUAGCAUCAGUGGUGAUUCUCUACCAAUUUGAGUACUCUUCUUGCAUGCAGCCGUUCUGUGGUGGUCUCCUGUCUGACAAGGUGGUUCUGAUCCCAUCAGAGGUAGUGGUCAGAUUGUGUACACAGUGAAGGUAUAUACAUCCAUAUAGCUAUAUAUCUGUAAAAAAAUAUGUGUCACUAUUGGUUAUUUCAAAAGCAACUAGUCCGUGGUGUUUAUUGGUGCUUGGUUGGAAAGUUUGGUUUAGAAGAUUGAUUCUCCCUAGUGGGAUGUCCUGUUGUUUUAAGUGAGUUGGAUUACGUUGCCGGGGCAACUGAGCGGAGACGCUAGUGUGAUGUGUUGCUUGAGGCCGAUUGUUGUGAAGACGCACUGGGGGACUGCUGUUAAUACAUUUGUUCUGCAAACAUAAAAUAUUGACGUAGUGCUUUAUAAAUGUGUUCUCAAAUAUUAAUGUAUUGACUAAAAAACUUUGGUCACAAAAUAUAUCUCACUCUAUAUACAGUAUAUAUUGGUGUGUCGUAAAGUUUGCAUUGCCUGUUGUCGUGGUAAAUAGCUUGUGCUCUGUUUUCUUUUUGGUUUUGAAAUGUGCCAUAAUGCUCCCAAUACGCCUCAACUUUCUUGCAAGAUUAUAGUUCAUUAUUUAAAAAAUAAAAUGAAAAAAGAUACAGAUUAUUGAACGUUGACAUGUUAAAAUAUAUACUAUGUUUGCACUUUGGUCUAAACCAUGUGGCUAUAUUGUUUUUAAAGAAGAAACCAAAUUGGACUGUUGCUACUGCAAUAACGACUUGUGUGUUUUCACUAAUUUCUCGUCCUUGUUGGCUGUCCCAUCUUAGGUUUGUCGUCCAGUCUUUCAACCCCGAAUCUGCUUGCUUGUUUUACUGAACACGAUACAUAUAUACCGUACUGUAUAUUUACAAAUACCUAAUGUAAGUUGGCCUGUUAAGAACGAUUAUAGUGAGCUUGAGAAAGGGGUUGUAGCAAUUCGUUUGGUUGGGAGUUUUUCCAAAAGAAACCCUUUGGAAGAGAUGAAUACCACUCUCUGCGUUUGAUUAUGAAAUGAAAAAAAUAAUGGACUGUCAGCUUCUGAUGAUAGUGUCUCAAAUAUGUAAAGAUGUUAUAUAUAUUUUCCAUAAAUCAAUAAACUGAAUGAGCUUUACUUCA